AUGAAGCCGCAGUUGAAGCGAUUGCAAAGGCGAGUUCACCGCUGCUUCCUACGCGGAGGGCUCCGAGAGGAGCUGGAGCAGGAGUUAAAAGUGCAACGCGCAGCUUAUAGAACAGAGAUCAGCAAUGCGAAGAGUCGAGCUCGCCAGAGGUUUUUCGCCGGGCAAGCGGACUACUGCAAGUUAGUCCGUCCAGCGCGACUUUCCACCGUACCAUCGCAAUUAGAAGGCUGUCCUGCCGGCGAUAAUACAGCGGCUUUUAUUCUCGAGAAGCUGUUCCCGAGAUUUGAAGGUGGCCACCGAUUGUUAUCGCGUAUUAAAAAAGUUGGUCCACUAAGAGAUGUACCCCAAGUAACUACGUACGAACUUGACCAGGUAGCCCGCCGUCUCCGUAACGGGGCACCGGGAUAUGACGACAUAACGAACGAGACCCUUCGGCAAACACUCCCAACCUUGAAGGAGACCUGGGCGCGCACAUUUACAGAACUCUUGAACGAGCGCCGGCAUCCCAAGGAAUUCAAACGAGGCAGAUGCUUGCUUCUUCCGAAACCCCGUCGAGACCCCAGAAAAGCCAAUUCGUGGAGGCCCGUAGUCCUACAGUCUUGCGUCAGCAAGCUGCUGGAGGGGGUGAUAGCAGACCGAAUAUACCACGAAAUUGCCUCAGCACUGCACUGUCCCGAGAUCUUCGGGUUUGUUCGGUCUAAAUCCAGCGAUCAGGCCGUGCAUCGCAUCUGUAAAAACUACCGAUCAGCAAUGCAUCGAGGACACGUCGUGGCUACUUGUCUAGACAUACAGAAUGCGUUUAAUUGCCUUCGACACGACUAUAUAAUUAAGACCCUCGUAUCGCUGGGAACUUCGGAAUAUUUGGUCAGCUUCAUACGAAGCUAUCUGGAGAACCAGAGCGUCACUACUGAAUUCGGAGUCCACGGUGCGUCAAUAGCCCUUCAG